AUGGCGUCUUCCUCGACGGAAGACCAAGAAAAGCCACCGCUGUCCACCACCGAAGACGUUCCAAAUGACGUCGAGAAGAAUCGAGGCGAUGCCUCAUCAGACGCCCCCUACAGCAUCCUCUCCGAACGAAAGAAAGUCUGUCUGAUGAUCACCGCUUCGUUUGCGGGCCUAAUCUCUCCCCUAUCGAGCACGGUCUACUUCCCAGCCCUAACCUCUCUGGCCGACGCGAUGCACGUCUCCUCCACACGCAUCAACCUCACCGUCAUGAUGUACCUCAUCUUCCAAGGCAUCGCCCCCUCCUUCAUCGGCUCCUUCUCCGACAUUCAUGGCCGCCGCCCCGCCUACCUGAUUAGCUUCGUGAUCUACCUCGGGGCCAACAUCGGUUUAGCGCUGCAAACCAACUACGCCGCCCUGAUGGUCCUCCGCUGCCUGCAAGCGUGCGGCAGCAGCGGCACCAUUGCGCUCGGCAGUGCCGUCGUGGCCGACGUCUCCACGCGGGCCGAACGGGGCAAAUACAUCGGCUACGCCAGCAUGGGGCUGACCCUGGGUCCGGCCCUGGGACCAGUGAUCGGGGGUCUGAUCGACCAUUUCUGCGGCUGGCGCUGGAUCUUCUGGUUCUUGACCAUUCUCUCUGGAGUGUUCCUGGCGGCCAUCGCCCUGUUUCUGCCCGAAACCUGCCGCGCAGUCGUUGGCAACGGCUCGAUCCCCGCCGCGCGAUGGAACCGUCCCGUCUUCAGCGUGCUGGCACCGACCACCACCACAUCCACCACCACCACCACAUUCCCCAGCUCCACAAUCCCAACCUCUUCCAAACCCCAACGCCUCAACCCCCUCCGCUCCGCCCGCCUAGUCCUCGACAAAGAAAACGCCCUCAUUCUCAUCUACGGCGCCCUCCUCUACGCCGGCAUGGCCGCCGUCCUGACCACGCUCACCACAACCCUAGCAACACACUACCACUUCAACACCAUUCAAAUCGGCCUCUGCUACCUCCCAAUGGGCCUGGGCAGCCUCACCUCACGGUACACAGUGGGCUUCCUCCUGGACCGAACCUUCCGACGCCACGCGCACGCGCAGCAGCUCCGCAUCAUCAAGAACAAGCAGCAGGACAUCCGUGCCUUCGACAUCGAGCGCGCGCGCCUGGUCGUCACGAUCCCGCUCGCCUACGCUGCGGCGCUCGUGUUCGUCGCGUACGGCUGGGUGAUGCAGUACCACGUGCCGUUGGCAGGGCCCGUGGUGACCCUGUUCGUGGGCAGCCAUCUCCUGACUGGGGCGUUUACGGCGCUGAGCACCCUCAUGGUCGAUCUGAAUAGGGGGAGUCCCGCGACGGCGGUGGCGGCGAAUAAUUUGGUCAGGUGUUUGUUGGGCGCUGGGGCGACGGCCGGGGCGGCGCCGGUGAUUGAGAGGAUUGGGGUCGGGUGGAUGGCGGUGGCGAUGGCGGCGGUGUGGGUGGUCGCCAGUCCGUGUUUGUGGGGGGUGUAUUUGUGGGGGUUUGGGUGGAGGAGAGCGAGAUUGGGGGAAGGGGAGGGAGUAGAGGUAUAA